CUUGUAUUCACUACAGUAUCUUCCAUCUAGGGCCCAUACUGUCCAGUGAAGAGGCUGUGCUGCUAGGUUUAAACAGAGUCUGAAGCUAUUGCUGUGAUUGAUCUUCCCUUUUCUGGCCUGAAAGACAUUCAGGGAAAGAGGAAGAGAUGGCAGUUUCUUGGGGCUCAGUGACCUAUGAAGAUGUAACUGUGAUAUUCACUCAAGAGGAGUGGGCACUAUUGAAUCCUUCAGAGAAGAAACUCUACAGAGAUGUGAUGUGUGAAAACUUGAGGAACUUUCUUUCACUAGAAAAUGUACAAGAACAUUCCACCAAAGAGCAGCCUAAGUUGCAUGGGAGUAGACAAAGUAAUACAGCAGUGAAAAUCUCUGAGGGGAAUGUUAGUCAGAAUGGUAGAAAAUCUCAAGAAUGUGAAGUAUACAACAAAUUAUUCACUUAUUAUAUUUAUCUUCAACAACAUGAAAGAAUUUGUAGUGGAGAGAAACUAUAUGAAUAUAAACGAUGUAUUAAUACAUUCAGUUGUUCCAGUAGUCUUCAGACACAUGAAAGAAUUCACAAUGGAGAGAAACCCUAUGAAUGUAAACUAUGUAGUAAAACAUUCAGUUGUUCCAGUAGUCUUCGGGCACAUGAAAGAACUCACAGUGGAGAGAAACCCUAUGAAUGUAAACUCUGUAGUAAAACAUUCAGUUGUUCCAGUAGUCUUCGGGCACAUGAAAGAAUUCACAGUGGGGAGAAACCCUAUGAAUGUAAACUGUGUAGUAAAACAUUCAGUUGUUCCAGUAAUCUUCGGGAACAUGAAAGAAUUCACAGCGGAGAAAAAUCCUAUGAAUGUAAACUGUGUAGUAAAACAUUCAGGCAAUCCAGUAGUCUUCGGGCACAUGAAAGAAUUCACAGUGGAAAAAAACCCUAUAAAUGUAAAUUAUGUAGUAAAACAUUCAGUUCUUCUAGUAAUCUUUGGAUACAUGAAAGGAUGCACAAUGGAGAGAAACCCUAUGAAUGUAAACUGUGUAGUAAAACAUUCAGUUUUUCCAGUAGUCUUCAGAGACAUGAAAGAAUUCACAGUGGAGAGAAGCCCUAUGAAUGUAAACUAUGUAGUAAAACAUUCAGUUGUUCCAGUAGUCUUCAGAGACAUGAAAGAAUUCACAGUGGAGAGAAGCCCUAUGAAUGUAAACAGUGUAGUAAAACAUUCAGUUGUUCCAGUAAUCUUCAGACACAUGAAAGAAUUCACAGUGGAGAGAAACCCUAUGAAUGUAAAUUAUGUAAGAAAACAUUCAGUUGUUUCAGUAAUCUUCGGACACAUGAAAGAACUCACAGUAGAGAGAAGCCCUAUGAAUGUAAACAAUGUAGUAAAACAUUCAGUUAUUCCAGCAGUCUUCGGACACAUGAACGAAAUCACAGUGGAGAGAAACCCUAUAAAUGUAAACUAUGUAGUAAAACAUUCAGUUCUUCUAGUAAUCUUUGGACACAUGAAAGAAAUCACAGUAGAGAGAAGCCCUAUGAAUGUAAACUAUGUAGUAAAACAUUCAGUUAUUCCAGUGGUCUUCGGACACAUGAACGAAUUCACAGUGGAGAGAAACCCUAUGAAUGUAAACUUUGUAGUAAAACAUUCAGGCAAUAUGGUCAUCUUCGGACACAUGAAAGAACUCACAGUAGAGAGAAACCCUAUGAAUGUAAACUAUGUAGGACAACAUUCAGUUGUUCCAGUCAUCUUCAGACAUAUGAAAGAGCUCACAGUGCAGAGAAGCCCUAUGAAUGUAAACAAUGAAGUAAAGCAUUCAUGGAGUCUAGUUCUCUUCAGUUACAUGAUAGAACUCACAGUGGAGAGAAAGAAACCUCAUGUAUGUA